AACUAGCAAUUCUCCUAUAUAUACACAAGUUAUUUGCUGUGUGACAUUUUUAUUACACAGUAAUUAGAUUUCGCAACAUGGCUAGGCUUCUUCUUGUCUCCCCAAUUCACAAUCUUCCAUUCUCGUCCAUUCCCAUCACAACACUUUUCUUAGCCGUCCUUGCUGUCUUAUGUAUUUUAUCUUUCACCACUUUUCUUUGCGGUUCCAGGAACAUGAAGAAGCUUCACACAGAAACAGGGCAAAAGGAAAACAAGCACAUGUCGAAGCUGAACAGCAACCUCAGCAGCAGGGCACUUUCCAUGGUGAAGAUGAUAUCUUGGAGGAAGGUGCAGGCAGAAGGAGAAGAAGAGGAAGGUGGUUAUAAUGACCAAGAUGAAGAAGCCCUUUGGAGGAAGAACAUCUUGAUGGGAGAAAAGUGUCGCCCUUUGGACUUUUCUGGCAAAAUUGUUUCUGAUUCUCAGGAGAAAAAUGCUUACUGAAAUGCUUCUAUCGAAACUUGUUUUCUACUUGUCCAGGUUUUGCAGAGUAUAUAAUUUGCUAUUGUAAGAUGGUAAUUAAGUGCUAGCAAUAUAUAGUCACUUUUUCAACACUCUCAA